AUGUCUACGGCUAUCAUUCGCAGCCCCUUACUUGAGGAAUUCAGAAGUAACAAGACUAGAAAAUUCAUGCUCAAAGACAUUAUAAACCACGUUGUCGAAUUUAGCGGAGACCAGCACGGUUCAAGGUUCAUUCAGCAAAAGUUAGAGACGGCAACAAGCGAAGAAAAGCAACUUGUCUUUGACGAAAUCUUGCCCAACUGUCUUCAACUCAUGACGGAUGUGUUUGGAAAUUAUGUCAUUCAAAAGUUAUUCGAACAUGGAAAUCAGGCACAAAAGACGGUUUUGGCUAAACAAAUGGAGGGACAUGUCUUGUCGCUUUCACUUCAGAUGUAUGGUUGUCGUGUUGUGCAGAAGGCAUUAGAAUAUGUUCUGACUGACCAGCAGGCUACUCUCAUUCGCGAACUGGAUGGGUGUGUACUUAAAUGUGUCAAGGACCAAAACGGAAACCACGUGGUCCAAAAAGCCAUCGAGCGUGUGCCUUCCCACCAUGUUCAAUUCAUUAUUGAUACGUUUCAUGGACAAGUUUAUCACUUAGCAACACAUCCUUAUGGUUGCCGCGUUAUUCAGAGAAUGUUUGAACAUUGUCCAGAAGAACAAACGGCACAUCUACUUGAGGAGCUUCAUAAAAGUACUGGCCAGUUAGUACAAGAUCAAUAUGGCAACUAUGUCAUCCAGCAUAUUUUGGAGCAUGGAAAACCAAGGGAUAAGGCGUUGAUCAUUAGUAAAGUCAAGGGCCAUACUCUUCAGUUAAGCAAACAUAAAUUUGCCAGUAACGUGGUUGAAAAAUGUGUUGCUUACGGUAGCUCGGAGGAUAGACAGGCUUUGAUUGAAGAAGUUCUGGCAACUCGUCCAGAUGGUACAUACCCACUCAUGUCCAUGAUGAAAGAUCAGUAUGCAAAUUAUGUAGUCCAAAAAAUGCUUGAUGUAGUUGAUGGAUCUCAAAAAGACUUGCUGAUUGCCAAAAUAAAGCCACACCUUCAGGGCUUAAAGAAGUAUACUUAUGGAAAACAUCUCAUUAGCAAAAUUGAAAAGCAAAUCAUGUUUAGUAAUAACGGCAAUAACAAUAAUAGUAACAACCCUUUAAUUGUAGAGAACUUGGGUAUUGCCGAGUCAAACUAA